AUAUUAACAAGUGCUUUUUAAUGCUGAUGAAGGCAAGUGGAGAGAGCGAGAGAGGGUUGACGCUCGACUGGAUGACAAUAGAUAAGGGAAAUUGGUAGACAGAUGGUGGUAGAUGAUGGUGGUAUUGGUAGAAACAUCCAUUGAUACCAGGAUAUUUACAGAUCUGAGUAGCAGAGAGAGAAGUCAUCACAACUGGUUAUCAGGACCAAACCCAUCACUGAAGCAGAAGAAGUCCAUGAAAGAACACCCUAAGGUCAUCUACAAACCUUGUCAUAUUCAAGAAGUUGCAUACAGCCUUCGUCAUCUCCUCAAUCCACUAAAUAUUUUAAAGUCCAUGCGACUGGUCAACAAUGGGACUGAAUAGGUUUAUUAAGUGCAUUAGUAUUGCUACACCAUGAGAGUCUUGUAAUGCUAUUCUUUCAUGAUGAAACAUUGACAUGCCACCGUUGUUGUUGACAAUGACGGGAUGAUGAUGCGACCCCUGGCAAGAGGGUAUUGUUGAAGGCCUAAGACUUUAAUCAGCUGAUGGAACAUGGCUUUUAUUCUCUGAAACCUAUCAACCUUGCAUGAGAUGCAAUAAUAAUGCGGAGGGACAAAAAUUGACUCUUACUUCAAUAAAAUGAACCAAACCCACGUCGUCGGUAUGAUGGAUCAUACGUCGAUAUGACUUUUUAUUCAAAGUCAUUUGCAACGCUUCCAAUAUCCCUGACAGGCUUUGUGAAUCCUUGGGGUAUGGAAUAUGAUGGAGGUUCCAAUAAAGACUGACAUAUUGACUAGUAAUUCCUUUUUGGCAACCUAGCACCAAAUGUGCAAAAAUAUUGGAUACAAAGACAAUCUAUCAACAACAAACAUAGCCCUGUGUAUAAAUAGAAAAGUGUAUUCAACUCUUUCAGUUUUCAUCAUGUGUUAAAGACAAGAUUAUGGAUUUUUCAUACCGUUACCCAGGAAUAUCCAUGCAUUGAAAAUGCUGUGAUCUGUGAAGUCACCAGCUUAUAUAUAACUGGUGCCACACUGCCUCAACAGGUUUAGCGUGUCAAGUGGAAUUUCAUGCAUUUAAGAUGCACUUAAAAGGUCAGGAAUAAUUAUAUUGGUAAUAGGACCAGGAAAAGAGUUUCAUUUGCAAUUUUCAUUUGCAAAACGAGGAACAAAGUUUAGGGCGGACACCCAUUCGGAAGUUUGACAUUGCCGGUGGCGUAUCAGUGCUAGCAACUGAACAGGAUAGAUCACCAUCUUACUGAAGAUCACAGGUCACAGUCGUACAAUCUUAGACAUGCCUUUAAAUAAUGUCUUCAAAACCCUUUCAUAGGGAUUCUUGCUACAUUCCAGAAUUACCAUGGAUUAAUGAAUGGAAACAGGAGUUAUAUCUCUUCAGACUCAUACACAGAGGCUUUGUUCAUUUGGUUUUGCAGUAUUUUCUUUUGAAGUCUCAUCUAGACUGCUGGAUUGUUUCGUCCAAAUGAUCAUGUGAGCUUACAUGGAAGAUUUAUACAGUUGAGCCACGAUGAUCUCUAAUUUGUUUCUCUAAAGCUGUUGCUGUGAGAUGGAUGUUGUUUUGUAGGUGCUAAAAAAGAUUGGUAUGAAUCCUCAGUGGACAAGUAAAUUGAAGACAUAACAGGAAAAGCUCUGAAAAAUAUUGUGGGAGAACACAACAUCUAUCAAAAUAUGACUAGAGUGUGAAGAUCUAUUAUAAAACUGAGGAUAUAAAAGGAAUAAAUCAGAUAAUAACAUACAUAGCAUGAAUGUGCCGUUCUGAUGACUUUUUGCAAUUGUGAAAAAAGCCUGCCUUAGAACACGGGUGCUUCUAGAAAGCUUUCUAACAACCUUUAUCUCAAGGCUCUUUGUCUUGUAAUCAUUUGGCACUUGAAUAUCUACCGGCUACAAGAUGCUUAGUGGAACCGUUGGAUCCGCCGGGGGGCCGGGCAAGUCCCCUUCUAAAGGGGGCAAGAAGGUUUCCCUGCCCCAAAACCAGCAGGGCAACAAGCUAAAUGGCCCUACGAUGAUCGAGCUAGAGGAAUUGGUGGGAGGGACAGCUGAAAAGCGCAACUGGCGAGGCAUCAUCAUAUCCCUCCUGGUCAUUCUCCUCAUCUGCGCCUUGAUCGUAGUAGCCAUCAUCAUUGCAAGCCCGGACCUUAGAAUAUAUUCAAAGUAUACAUUUGAGGAUAUAUUCGACCCCCAGUACCAACCAACGUACUAUGAUGCUGUGUGGUUGACAGAGGAUGAAUAUGUACUACGGAAUUCCACCAACAAUAUUGUGGCUGUCGAUGUCGCCGCCAACGAAACAACACUGCUCAUUAGCAAUAGGACGAUGGAUGAAGAAGGGAUCAUUAGGAUAUGGGUGCAUCCAGAUAAACAAUAUAUCCUGCUCUCAUCAGACGAACAACAGAUCUUCCGUAAUAGCUUUGAGGCAGUCUACAAGAUAUAUGAUGUCAAAAAGAAAUCUGUGAUCAAGACAUUAACACCACCGAGUGUGACAGAUGGACCAGUUCCUCUUAGAUAUGCAUCUUGGGUUCCUAACAGUGCAGGCUUGAUUUUUAUUUAUAAAAACAACUUGUACUACCAGAAUGCGGUAAACAACGACCCAGUUGCUGUUACUACGGAUGGUAUAGAGGGAGAGGUCUUCAACGGUGUACCAGAUUGGGUUUAUGAAGAGGAAAUUCUGAGUGAUGAUGAUGCUCUUUACUGGAACAAGGAUGGAUCUAGAUUGGUCUUUGCUCAAUUCAAUGAUACUCAGGUUCCUAAAGCAUGGUAUCCCUGCUAUGAGAACAAGGUUUACAGUGAGAUUAAAUACGUCAACUAUCCCAAGCCUGGAUAUCCUAAUCCCACCAUCAAGCUGCUUGUCAUGCCAGUUGAAGAUGCUACAAAUUUGGUCCAACUCCAGCCUCCAAGACAGUUCCAGGACCAGGAGUACUAUUACAGAAGUGUUGUAUGGAAGGAUAGAUACCAGGUAGCCGUCACAUGGUGGAACAGACCGCAGAAUGUUUCCGUGACGACCAUAUGCCAGGUGGACACCGGGGUUUGUGACCUCAACUACGAGCAAGAGACACCCAACGGCUGGAUAGUUCAGAGAGGGGAUAUUAUUUUUGCAGAAGAUGGUCUUUCAUACUUCACUAUUCUACCUGAGAGAGAAGGACCUAGAGGAAGCUUCUAUCAUAUAGCUCAAGUUACUGCUGAGAGUGGUCAGCGGGGUCAGGUCACUUUCUUGACCCAGGGAAUCUGGGAAGUAACACAGAUCGUUGGCUACAAUGCAGAGAGGAACCUUCUCUUCUAUUUGAGUACCGAGAAUGGAUCCAUUAACAGAACAUUGUAUAGUUUGAACAUUGUGACCAAGGAAAGAACCUGCCUGACAUGUAAUGUAAUUGAAGGCUGUUCCUACGUCAGUGCAGACUUCAACGACAAGGCGACCCGGUACAUCCUACAGUGCUAUGGUCCUGAUGUACCUCAGACAUUCCUUAAUUCCAUUGACUCUGCAAACUUCACAGUUUUGGUAGAUAAUGCUGGCGUCAAGGCGGCUCUGGCUGACAAGGAUUUUGUGGUUAAGACGUUCCACACUGUCAAGUCUUCAGAUGGUAAUUUUGACAUCCAAAUUGAGCUCCUGAUUCCACGGUCAAUGGAUGAUCAGCGAAGGCAUCCGUUACUGGUUGAUGUCUAUGCAGGACCUGGCACACAACAGGUGGAUGCCAAAUAUCACCAGGGCUGGUAUUCAUAUUUGAGUAGUAAUCACCAUGUGAUUAUUGCUCGUAUCGAUGGGCGUGGAUCGGCAUACAAUGGUCAGAAGCUACUUUAUGAGAUCUACAAACGAUUGGGCACAGUUGAAAUUGAAGAUCAAAUUACAGCUACAGACUAUUUAUUGGAUACGUAUCGUUACUUGGACUGGAACAAAACAGCUAUUUGGGGAUGGUCAUAUGGAGGUUUUGCUGCAACGUUAGCUGCUACAUAUGGUAAAUUCAACUGUACAAUGGCUGUAGCCCCUGUCACCGAUUGGAGAUUUUAUGAUUCUGUAUAUACUGAAAAAUAUAUGGGAUUACCAAAAGCAACAGAUAAUUUACAAGCUUACAAGGAUUCCAACAUAUCUGCACGUGCAUCAGGGCUUCAUAAUACAAAAUAUCUCCUGGUACAUGGCUUAGCAGAUGAUAAUGUACAUUUCCAAAAUUCAGCCAAUUUGGUGAAAGCUUUAGUACAGGAGGGUGUACAACAUCAAGUACAGUAUUAUACAGAUGAGAACCACGCCUUAGGAGACCCAAUGGUACAAAAGGAUCUCUACCGUGUGCUCACAGAUUUCUUAGUCCGCUCAUUUGACCUGAAAUGCUGACCUUCAAUGUUUGACCCCUGACCCUAUGACCUUUCUCCCAUAGAAUAGUGACCUUCAUUUCCAGAUGGGUCAUCUUCCCUACCCCCUACCACCUUCCCUGAUCCACUGAAUGCCAGGGCCCCGUCUUACAAAGAGUUGAGAUUGAUCCAAUCAACCACAACUAUGGAAAGCCAGCAGCGUCAACAUCUAAAAAAACAUGUUUGUUCAAAAUAUUUUCUAUAGAUAUGAUCUAUAUUCAUACAUUCAUAGUCUUCUUGAAAAUUCAGUUUGCUUCUCUUUGUUUACAAAGGACAUUAUGCAAAAGUCCUGAAGAAAAGACAUGUUGAUGGGUUUCUGUAUACUUGAGGUUGAUCGGAUCAAUCGUAACUCUUUGUAAGACGGGGCCUAGAUGUGUUCCUGUUUUACAAGACAUUCAAAUCCAGAUUCCCACUAAAGAGAUGUAUGAGGCCAUAGCAAGUGGUUAUCAAUAUCUUUUCUAAUGAAAUAUUUGCUAUGAAUUUCAUUUUAUUAAACUUUAAAUCUCUGAGGCCAUAUCAAAUGGUUAUUAGCUUUUUGUACUGAAAUGUUUGCUAUGAUUUUUAUUUUGUUUGAAAUCCUUUUAAGAUGCAAUAGAUUCAUCUUAUUAGAUAUAACUGUGCCUGAAAAUAUGAUGUCCAUUUGGGAUUAUAAUGAAUUAUGUCAAACAUGUCGAGAUCGAUUCUUGCCCAUCGAGGAAAGUUUUAUUUUGCUCUUUUUUAUUCAACAUAAGGACAGUUGUCUUAUUUCAUUUUCUUUUUACUAUGUCAACAGAAUUCAAAAAAUAAUUUGGAAAAUGGUUGACUCUUACUUCAAUUUAACAUUUGUUUUUCAACGGGAUUGUUUGGAUUAACAAUAUAAUUUACGAUAAUGCUCUAAAUUACUGAUAUAUUUGAAUAAUUAUGAGAUUUUUUUCACUUGGUAGCAUUUCAAUGGAAAAUGAAAACACCAUAGCAAAAGUUGCUGUGUCAAUUGAAUUACUGGAUAAGCAAUGUAAUAUCGGCAAAACUAAAAUUAAAUACAAAUUAUCCUCAUAUUCAUUGAAUGUUACCCAAUUAGCAAUGAUUGAUUUUUGUAUUCCUUCCACCUUCCCCAUCAUAUUGAUUUGAUUUUGAUUCAGAUAUGCUUUCUUUCAAGAUUUUGUACAUAAUCAUAAAACCAAAUAUGUUAUAUACGCAGUGUUUUUUAUCAAGAGAAAACGUUCAAAAAGUCAGCCUUAUAGUCAUGUAAAUGACUUGUUUAUAUGAUGCAAAGUUAUAUGAAAAUUGAAUGAAAUGGUAUGUGAUCGUUUGAUAUUUUGUAUUAUGCAAAGUUUAGUAUUUAUUUAAAAAUCAAUGUCAUCAUUGCUUUGUGGCUUCAUUCUUGUGGAAUGGCUCCAAUUGUUUUUUCAAUUUCUUUUCAUUGCAGUAGCAUUGUAAAGAAGUGUACAUGUGUGUAAUUUUGUAUAGUCCGUUUAUGGAAAAUGGAGCUAUUAUGUACUCUAUCUCAAAACAUAUAAAUGACAUCAGGAGUCUUCUGCAUAUUGAUUUAAAGUUGAUUUAAUUGUGAUAUGUUAUUGCAUAAACGCAUGAAGCCAGAAUGCAAAAUGAACAUCCCGACUAUUAUGCAUCUGAUUCAAUUGGUAUAAGCUCAGUAGAUAAGAAAUGGGUUAAAUAUUGAAGUUAUCCUUUCAGUAAUUGAUUGUGCAGAAUAAGGGAAAUAGUAAAAAAAAAAAGAGGUAGGUGGUCUUUCUAGAUAAUUAAUUUGAAGAGAAUUAAUAUCUGUUAUGGAAAACUAAGAAAAUUCAGUUGGGACAUGCAAUAAAGCCAAAUUUAUUUCAGUCUUUGCCUACUAUAAAAGGUAGUAUUUGAGUGGCAUAAGAGAUCUUGUAAAGCAAGGUCAAUGUGCAUGCAUGUACAUCAAGGUCAAAUCCAAUGGGUUACGCAAUAUAUGAUUUAUGAGUUAUCAAUGCUAUAAAUAUGUGCUGUGUUUUAAUGUUGUUUUUAUUGCCGUUUAUAUACAAUUCCCAUCAGAAUUUGCAAUUUUUUUAUGAUCAUGGUAUCUGGGGACGUUCCAUGAAGAUUUACAUUUUAAAUAGUUCAUUGCUGAUUUUAAAUACUUAAAUUCAGUGAAUGGCCUGUAAUAUUAUCAUUACAAUUAAAUCAUUGAAUACAUUCCAUAUCUACCAACCCUGGAAAUCUAACAUUUUACUUUGCCCUUAUAAUUGAAGAAGUAGUAUUUUUAUUGAACAGGGGUUAUAUAACUGAAGUGUAUCUCUAACAUUGCUAGAUCAAGCAAUACCAGACUCUUGUGAAAUAAAUCAUAUUCAUUCAGUGGCUGGAAAAUAUGUAUUACAAGUACACUUUCUCAUAUUUGAAAGUAAGAAAUCAAUAUUGAGCAGAUAUAUAAAGAGCUAUGCCAAAGCAUUGGUAUGGACUAAAUAAAUUCUUUUGAUUUAAAAAAAAAAAAUUUGGGGGGAUAUGAGCUGUCUAAAUACCUAUUAGAGGAGCAUUAUAAAUGCACAAAGCUAAAUGGGCUUUUAAAAAUCUGAAUUUUAGAACACCCAUGUUUCAAUUUUCAUAUUUUAUUUUGUGGUUCUUAGAUCCAGGUCACUUUUUCAAUUAUUUAAUGGAAUACUUUUCAAUAGGGAACCAGACAUGAAUGGUUUUUGAAAAGUUGAGAAUCAUACUUCAUUGAAAUACAUUAUGAAUUUCACAGGGUGUAACUCUGUUUUAUGUAGCAAAAAAAAAUGUAAAAUGUGGUUGCACGUUUAUGUGUGUAUAUCAAUGCUCAGUACCUCCUUAUGGUAUGGAAUUUCUUUUGAAAGCCACUAUGAUGUACUUCCAAAACAAGAGAAUUUAUUCAUACUGAUUUUUUUUUUGUGUUUGUCACCAUGUAACGUUGUAAAUAUAUGCACAAUUAAAGUAAUAUGUACAUGAGUUGUUAUACAA